GUGUCUGCUGCCUCGCCUGCAAUGGCCCCCGCCCCCUACGCCUGCUCUCGUCUUUGCUGCACUCUUCUGCCUACCACGUCCACUUCUCUAAAUGGCCUGCUGCCGACCAGACUCCGGCUCCCGGGGUGCGAAGAGCCUGCAGCACGCGCGGCAGUGCUCUCGGCGGGCGCGGUCUGCCGUUGACCGCGACCCUGAACGGACUCUCAAUCACCGCGAUUCUGCUUGCGGUGGCCCUCACUGCACCCGCAUCGCUGCUGGCAUGAUCUCCCGUCGCAAGACAAUCGACUACCCGCUCUCCAAGACCGCGUCGUCUCAGCCGCUUACUACUCCAGACGACUGCGCCCACCCGGUCGCUGGAUUCAGCACGCGUCAGACUCAGACUCAGACAAAGAUAGAACAAGAGUGCUUAGCUACCACAGUGCCAGCUGGUUUGAGCAAUACGGCUUCUUCAGCUGCAUCGACGAGCGCCAAGCAGGCGCAGAGGCGUCUUGCAGGACGGAACCUGGCGCAGUCAAACACCCGCAUCGACGCUGAUUCUACAAUCCCAUGUUUACUCUCAGAUCGCGUGAAUGAUCGUCUUCAACGAAUGCCUGAAAUUGACCGCCCAUCUACGUUGUAUUUUGAACCGUCAGAUCAGCACCGACGCGUCUUAAAUGAGAGAUCUGAUCUUGAGAACAAAAGUUGUCUAUCGCCAAAAUCGACCGUCGCAAGUGGUCUAGAGAACGACUCGCGACUGCACUCGACCGUCAAAAUUACAAGCAAUACCCCGUGGUUCAUCAAAAACAGCUAUCUUGCCUCUGUCCGUCAAGACUGGAUGCACAACAACGAAGUCAAGGUUUACUCUGCCCAAAUAACUUACAGCGUCAAUCACCCUCUCCCCGCCAUCCCAACAACCGACGACGACGGCGACAGCAGUUUCGACGAACCCCUGAAAACGCCCGCGUCCGCUGCUUCGUUCCAGCGGACGCGGUAUAUGUCAGCCGGCUCAGAUAAGACCGGAACGGACGUGGAUUUUGAUAUGUCUUCGUUGAUAGACGCCUAUGGCGACGACAAGUCGAUCAAAACAGCAAACUCGGUUCCGCUUAGUCAAUACGUGCACCUGCCUGAUCUAUCUAGUGCUGAGCGAGUGUCAUCUGCCGCAAGCUCGGAUCGGGGGUCAGCUGUCAAUCCGUCGUCUCCUGCCCGAUCGUCACAUCAAAUGCGAAAUGCGCCUGCAUCCCGCUCAUCUGGAAAGCCAUAUAUUCCCCGGGACGAGAGCUCUGAUGCAGUGCCAGAGAUGCGCGCACCCGACCGCUCAUUCACUAACUCGGUCUUGAUUAACAGUCAACGCGAUCGCGCCAGCCCAACUUCGUUCACGCAUCCUCGCCGUUCAGUCACAGCUCCGGUGAAUGGACAGGAGCCGACGUCGAGAGUUGAUCUGAAUAGAGUGGCUACCAUGACUAAAAAUUUUAUGGCUGAGGAACUGGCGGUUUUGGACUCUAUCGGGAACUUUGAUUUCGAGACAAAUGUCGCGGAGUCAUUGAAGAAAUUAGAGGCGCGCAAGCCGGAAAGAAACAGCGCGAUGGCUAAUAUAUCUGAAGGGGCCGCCAGUUCUCCCGACACGAAGCCGCUUGCGCGCACGCCUAGUGCUCCGUUCUCAUUCGCUAGCUCGAGCCGUCGGACUACGUUAGAGCCAAAGUCGCCAGCGAUUGAGAGAAAGUCUAGUACGAGUAAGUCCCCGGUGGUUGAAAGAAAGCCGAGUGUGAUGCGUAGCUGGAUGUCUUCCAGCUCACUAUCGACUCUCUUGACCACGACUUCGAAAGAUAAGGUGCUGCCUAGUGUUCCCGACCCUGUGGUCGAGACCAAGGAAAUCUCGAGUGCUAGUCCUAGUCCCACAAGUCUCAAGUCUCCAGGGAAUGUUGUUCCUCGGAAACAGAUUCCUAGAAAGCCGUUACCGAUGAGUUCGCCUGUCGCGCUUAAUCCUCCAGGAUCUGUUCUAUCAUCGCCGCAACCACAGCAGCAGCAGCAGCAGCAGCAACAGCAACAGCAACAGACUACGCAGACAAUGACCCCCUCACCGACGCCUGUUCACUUGGCUGAGCAAGGCUCUCCUUCUCCGGGCGAACAGAAGACGCGUCGAAAGUUUUUCGGACGCUCGAGCGGGAAAGAGCACAAACGCUCUGCAAGCAACGGUCUCUCAUCUGAGCAAAAGGGCUCCAAUCAAAUCAAGAGCAAGCUCCGGGACUUUAUGCAGAUGGAUGCGUUGGGCGUUACUCCUGCGACGCGCGAUCAAGUUCCUCAUCAGCUACAUCCGACUUCUACGCCAGAGACGCCCAAGCAGAAUAAUGAGCGGGGCAGUUUUGAAAAAGUUAAUAGUCCGAGCAGUGGGUUGAACAAAAAGUUGGGACUGAAGGGCUUGCGGGGGAAGUUCUCUAAAAAGCACACGACGGAUGUCGAUGAUGCUGAGGAUUUGACCGUUUCGGCUUCGGCUUCGGCUUCGCCUGCUCCUGCUCAGCUUGGUGGCGACCUGGAGAUCGAUGGUUUCCAGCAGCAGCAACCGGAACAACAGCAGCCGCAACAGCAGCCGCAACAGCCGGUUCAGCAGCAUGCUUUGCCUUCAGUUCCUAGAGCGGGAACGGCCUUCUUUGAAGAUAACAAGCCAAUCAGGCAGCCGGUACGGAACACUUCUUGGCUAGGAAUAGAUCUGGCGACAGAAUCAGCUACUCCGUCGCGACAGCCUGACGCUACAUCGCAACCUGCCUCGGUCCCACAACCGCGGCAGCCCGAGCCAAUUCCCCAACAGCAACGACCUGUUCUCAAGACCUCUAUACCGUCUUCCAUGUAUCUUACCUUGGAUGAUGAGAUUGAGUACGUUUCUGAUGAUGGUUCGAGACCUACCACUCCUGCGGUCGUUGUGCCGCCGGCCAGUAUUCCGCAGCGGAACGCAUCACUGGCGACCACUAAUACCGCUAGUGACGCCGGUGUCAAUAUGAAUAGCUCGCCGAGGGCAGAGAGACUAGCGAGCAUCUCAUCACCGGAGAGCUACCGCAGCGCAGAUUCGGGAAGUACAGCUACCGGAAGCAACGAAGCUAAAAAGUCUGCACCAUCUCCGUCGACGACCGCGACGCACGCGUCAACAUUUUCUAUUGACACCAGGCAGAGUGAUGCGCAGACAGAUCCGAAUUUGUCGGAUUUGGGUGGCUAUUAUAGAUCGAUAGCUCUGAAUGAGUCUGUCGUGCCUUCUGAAAGCUACGGAUCGUUGGCUUCGUCGGCUGGAAUGAAGAGUAUGGCAGGAUCAGAACGAGUUUCUGAGAUUAGCGAGCAAAAAUCAGAAGACUUUUUGGAUGCGCUUGAGGAUCAAGCAAAUUUAUCAUCCCCAGCAGUUUCGAGUAAGAUGUCGCUGGGAGCUCAGACGCCGUCAGAAGAAGCGCCUAUUGAGAUGCAAAAGGAUCUUUCUUCGCGCUCGCUGAUGCGCAGAAAACGUCGUUCUUCAAUGCCAGAGUGGUCUCCGAUUGCAACAAUGUUUUCUGGUAAUGCACCCGGGCUCCCUCUGCUUGACUUUGAGAUUGAGCGCGCUAUCGACCUGGAUGCGGAUGAGAGCUCUGAACAACAAGGUCCUAUCAGCAAGUCUAGCUCUGAGCUUCCUGUUAGUGAGACAGAAGUGCCUGCUCAAGCUGCCGAAAAGCGAGGUCUACCUCCCUCUGCUGCGACGAAUAGGUUGGCUCCCCUAGCCGACACCAACAAGUCGAAAGCUGCUGAAUUUAAACUGGGUGAUCCCUCACAGUCAGCGACGGCUCGACGAAGACACGAGAGGUCGAAAUCAGAUACUGAAGUCACUGCAUUUGUACCCAAGGAGCUGGACGACGAGGAGGAGGAGGAAGAAGAAGAUGAAGCUCUUCCUGUCCAGCCGGUGGUUGCUCCGCGGGACGUGCAGGCUCAUCCUCGAAUGAUGCAGCCUGUGCGUGGUGUCAUGAGGUAUGAUGCACCCGUGAACAUGCAAUAUAUGCCGCAGGGUAUGCCACGAUUCCGUGGCGGCGGACGAGGAGGUCGUGGUGGCAUGGCUGGCCCGAUGCCAGGUCGUAUGCUACGAAUGCCGCAGGAGGAGUACUAUCUCCAGCAUCCGGACUACGUCGCGGUCCAGCGUCCGCGACAGAGAUUUCCCGGCCAGCAGCAGAGACCUAUGACGCCCGGAAUGAUGAUGGGAAGACCGAUGUCACCUGCGAUGAUGCAGCAGCGUCCAAUGUCCCCCACCAUGCACCAGCAACAAAGGCCGAUGUCUCCUGCUAUGCGUCCGCAGCCCCGCCCGAUGUCGCCGGCAGGUAUGUCGCAGUUCCGUCCGAACUCGCCUGCGGGAGGCAUGCGCGGCGGUCCGGGCAUGAUGCGGCCGCAGCGCGGAUCUCCGUAUAUGCAACGCAAUCCUAAUUACCGCGGUCCUCCUGCGUCGAAACUCGGUGCCGCGCAUGCGAUGGACGGAGAUUCUUUGAUUUUCGAGCUGGAUCAGCCGUAUAUGCCACCCGCGGCAGCAGGGCGCAGACCCGAUAUGGUGCCUCCUCCUGGAAGAGGAUACAAGCCGCCGGCGAUGCACCAGUUCCGCCAGCAGCAGCCAGUCCAGCAGUCGUCGUAUGUUGACUACGAUGAGUACGGGAUGACCAUGGCUAUCGCGCGAGGUUCGGAUCAAGAUCGGUACAGCGGUAUUGCGCGGCACGGCGCGGCGAUGUCGGAAAAGUCUUCUGCUUCGUCGGUGCAUAGCUCUGGAAGCAACGAUAGCUCUCAAGUGCCGACCAUGGGGUCUUCGGGGACCGAAGCAACUGAUGGAAUGAUGAGAACUGCGAUGACGCCUGACGUGGACGCGUCUGCGUUCAGGCCGGCGAGGCGGUAUCCUAAGUAUUGAUGGGUACGUUAAUUUUCCAUUGUAUUCUAUUGUGUAUUAUAGUAUUCUCCACUGUGUAGUAGCAUUGCAUUUAUUUCCGCAUCUUGGCUAUGUCUUUUUGUUAAUUUUGUUUAUUUUGUGAAGUUCAUUUGUGAUAAGUUCAUAUAUACAGUAUAUACAGCACGUUUAUUAUUCUGAUGUGUGCUAUGUCCUUUGCUAUGUUUUCGAAAUGAAUAUAAUGCAGUUGUUUUUUGGUUUGCAUUUUCUUAGCCAACCGCCAGCCAUGUGAAAACAUCGUGGGCCACCCGAAUGCCCCACAUGAAGACCAAGCUCCAGCCAGCCAGCUCAGGCCAUGCCAGCCCUCGAUAGCGCACUCACUACUGCGGUAUCACUGC